AAAUUUUUUUCUGCAACCAUGAAUAUUACUACCCUCACUCUCCAAAAUGGCUAUUCCCAUUUGCCUGUCCCUCUCUCCCCACCCACCAAACAUCCCCUCCAUCUCCUCCUCCUCCUCCUCCAAAGAUAAUGACCCUCAUCUCAUUCGAUUCUCAAAGAGAGAAUUCAUCUCCAAGACAGCUAAAUUCUUGAUCUUUUCACUCGCCCCCGCGUCGACAUUCUCUCAGUGCUCGGCUGAACCGUCGCCACCUCCAAAGGCAGCUCCUUUGGGAAUCGCCAACACCAAGUCGUGGUUCCAGUUUUAUGGCGCUGGGUUCGCAAUUCGUGUGCCUCCUCAGUUUGAGGACAUUACGGAGCCCGAGGAUUUUAAUGCUGGCAUGUCUCUUUAUGGAGAUAAGGCGAAGCCAAAAAAAUUUGCAGCUCGGUUUGCAUUGCCUGAUGGUUCUGAAGUCGUAAGUGUUGUGAUUCGCCCGACCAACCAACUCAAGAUCACAUUUUUGGAGGCCCAAGAUAUUACUGACUUGGGUUCCUUAAAGGAGGCUGCCAAAAUUUUUGUUCCAGGUGGCGCAACAAUAUACUCUGCCCGAAAUAUCAAAAUAAAGGAAGAGGAAGGUUUCAAGACUUAUUACUUUUAUGAAUUCUCUAGAGACCAGCAACAUGUUGCGCUGGUUGCUGCUGUAGACAGUGGAAAGGUAUUUAUUGCUGGAGCAACUGCGCCACAGUCCAAAUGGGAGGAUGAUGGAGUGCGCCUCCGCUCUGCUGCUAUAUCCCUCACACUUCUCUAACCCUGCUACUGGACUUGGAAGAUCAUUUUGUACACGUUCUUUGCUGCAACUUCCGUUGGGCUUUAUGCUAACGGAUCCAUCUACGUGCGAGAAGUUUCUAAAUGAGACAAUACCUACAUUCAUUUGUAAUUGCUUAGUACCUGGAGACCUGGCUUCAUGCAGGAGCUAAUUAUGUUCUGAUCUCGGAGAACCUGGUGGAGAAUUCUUGAAUGAGGGAAAUUCUGAACCUUGUUUAUCCCUGAGCCAUCUGCAUGGGUAUAUUUAAACUUCUUCGGAGAUUGGUCAUGUUGAAGUGUGAGAUCUGAUUCUUUUGGUAAAUAGCAUCUAAAUUUGAAGCAAGGAGAUGCUUCGAUAUUCUCCGUCUCCGGAGAGCUAUGAAAAGAAGGGCUAAAAGCUCGUUCUCUUAUUUCCA